UUUGGUAAGUAUGCAUCACAAAGAGUUGCUCCCCUUGGACGGACGGCAAAAUGGAGAAAGAUUAUGACAUUUUAUCAAAAUACAGAGCAGUAACAAACAAACUACGAAAGCGAUUUCUGAAGAAACCUAAUGUAUCAGAAGGCAGUGAACACUUUGCAAGUUUGGCAAAGUCUCUGCGUCAACAAGAAUGUCCACAGUAUGCUGGCUUUUGUUGUCUGGCCCAGGCACGAUGUGAGCACACACUUGCCAAUGGCCCAGGAGAAGCUCAGGCUCUCACUGAUGCUGCACGGAACUUCAUGGAAGCAGAGCUCGCAGAUUGUUCCAUCAAGUGUCCAGGGUUCGAGGAACACCUUACAGCAUCCAUCAACUGCUAUAGCCAUGCUAUUCGGGUUCAUGUUGAAAACAAGCAGGUGGCGAUGGCUGCAAGUUUGAGUCUGGAGUUAGGGUAUGCUCUCAAGAGUCUGAACAAGCCGGGAGAAGCUAUUGGACAUUUCCAGCGCGCCACAGAGUUACAGUCACAGAGCCCACUUGAUUGUCUGGAGGCACUCGGCGUGGUCGCUCAGUGUAAAAUAGAAACAAAAGACUAUGAGGGAGCACUGACAGUGUUAACAGAAAUGGCUUACUUAGCUCAGGAACGAGGAGGGUCCUCGGCUACAGGCAAGCCAAUCGGAGCGUACUGUGAUAUCCUGGCACGGUGUGAGGUCACCAGGGUUUUGUUGCUCAUGUUGUUACAACCCACACCCCAGCGUAUUCGCCCAGAGCAUGCUCAGACACUGGAGACGUAUGCCUGGGAAACCACGGAGGACAACUCAACAGUGCAGUACUUGGGAGAAGAUCUGUUCCUGUUACUUCAGUCAGUUGUGAUGGCUUGCCAGUCACGUGAUGUUGAGAGUCUACAAAGUCUUCAGAUUGACUUGUGGCCGAACCUAACUACGGAACAGAACGAGUUACUUCACCUUGUUAUUCAGGAGUUAUCUCACCCUUCUGGUGAGGGAGUCUGAUUUAAAACUGUCGAAAUUCUGAAAAAGUCUUUAUUAUUCUGGCUUGUGAAUGGAAACAGGGACCAAAGAUGCCAGAGUCCAGAGGUUAACCAGGCCCAGCUCAAGUGCAAGAACACCUAAUGUAGCCAUUUUCUAGAUCAUUUGUAUUGCCUCUCAGUGCACAGAAAUGAACUUGAGCAUUAGAACCAUCAUUUGGCCUACUGGUUCCAUUCCAGCUACACUGACAGUUUUCAUUAUGAAAGCAAUCAUCAUGCUGAAGACUUUACAUAUUAUUAUAUUAAUCCCUGUUUAAAAAACAUUGAACUGUAAACAUCAAGAACACUGAACAGGAGUCAAAUCAUUGCUUUGUGCAUGAUUUCAAGCUACUGGGUUUAUCGAGACUACAUACCCCGGUACUAUUAUAUACAUGCAAUAAGACUCAUUUCCAGGAAACUAAAAUUACCAGAUUAAUCAUCCGAUUUAAAAACAAACCUGAAUAUAUCUUCGGACAUCCUGUUAGGUAUAUUUAUGCCAAAAUAACAUGCAAUUCCCAUAUUUGAUUAUUGUCAAGGCCUGGGAAAUGCUAUACAUGGGAAGCCGUUUCAUCACACAAAAUUGAUAUUGAGGACCUUGCUUGUAAAGAAACAAAUGAACAAGAUUGGAGUACUCUGAAUCUGAAGACAAACAUGCUUUUCCCUAUUGAUUAAUCAUGGAAAACAUAAAAAUGUUCAAACAAUAUUUAUUAAAAAAUAAAGUGAUUCACAAGACUUGA